AGGCCAUUGGCAGCAUUGCUGUGCUGUCAUUUUGUUUGCAUUUUUCUUCAAUCAGUUUCUGCUCAGCUCAGCUUGAUUGAAUAAUUCAAUCAAUUAUUCCAGAGUACAUUUUUGUAGGUAUAUUGAAUUGAAAGCAAGUCUUUGGCGAAAGCCAAAAGUACCUACCUACAUAGAUGUUUUUCUAUUUUCAUCCAGUUUGUUUUGUUUGGACAAAAAUACAGAGAGAGGAUAUGAAUUAAUGACAAAAUAAACAGAGGAGAGGACUUUGUGAAUAUUGUGAGGAAGUGUCGGUAUACAGUAUCAGUGUUUUCCUCCCUUACAAAACAUACAUGAACAAAGGUUGCUUCAGGAAUAAUUGUAAAUUUAUGCACAGCACCGUAGAGGAUGAGGAAAAAUUUUAUUCAACGGGGAUCUUCCCUCGCGAAAUUCGAAGUACGCCUGUAUGUACAGGUUAUCUCAGAGGUUUAUGUUCUAAUCAAGACUGCCAUCUUACACACCCACCCAAUGUAGUUGGAAAUGAAGGGCUGCCUGUGCAUGUGGCACUACCUCCACCAAACUUCAACCGGCCACCACCAUCAUUUAGAGAUGAAGACUCUCCUCCAGAAGCUAAAUUUAGAAGGUACACUUUUGAAGAAAAUUUUGAUCCACAAGUGUUGAAUACAUCUAAUAUUUGUGCAAAUUGUGAAAAUUUAGAUCAUAAGGUAAAACUACUACAUGACAAUAUUAGUGUUCUGUUGAAGAAAGUUGCAGAUUUGACUGAAAAGAAUGUACAAUUAACAUCCAUGAAUGAGUUUUUGUUGGAACAGACAGCAUCUGUACGUAGUGAGCCCUCAACUUGUGUAAUUACUUCCCGACAUGGUACUUCUGCACCAGUUUCAUUAGCCACAGUCAGUGUAACUCCAGUUGUCAGUUUGGCUGGAGCACUGCCAGCUCUGGUCCCUGCCGCUGCUACACCUAACUUAGCUCUAGCACCAGCAGCAUCUCGGGCACAGCUUUUGACUCCUGCCCCACAGUUGCUCACAGUGAGCACUACACAACAACUUGUUGGAAAUUCAGGUGCUCUCAUAGUUACUAGUGCAGGUGCACAACAAUUGAUGCAAGUCAGUGAUUCUGGAACAUUAAUGGGUGGAGGUCAGACAGUUGUGGCAGUUCCAGCUCAGUUGACUCUGGCACCACCAACUCAGCAAUUGAUGAGUAAUGCUUCUCAGACAGCAGUUCAACAGUUAGUGCAACAGUCAGCGUUGCAGCCUCAAGUGGUGUCUCAACACCAGGCAUCUCAGUACGCAGCUCAACAGUCAGUGCAGCACCUGGCGGCGGCGCAGCAGUCCGCGCAGCACUUGGCGGCGCAACAGUCGGCUCAACAUUUAGCAGCUCAGCAGUCCGCCCAGCAUUUAGCAGCUCAGCAAUCUGCUCAGCAACACUUGGCUGCCCAGCAAUCAGCACAGUUGGCCGCCCAACAAUCAGCUCAACAUUUAGCAGCCCAACAGUCGGCGCAACAUUUAGCGGCGCAACAGUCUGCGCAGCAUCUGGCGGCGCAGCAGUCGGCUCAGCACUUGGCAGCUGCACAGCAAUCAGCCCAACAACUGGCAGCUGCUGCCCAGCAGUCGGCGCAACAGAUGGUCGCUCAGCAGUCAGCCCAACAAUUGGCAGCUCAACAAUCUGCCCAGCAGCAACUGGUCCCAUCAGCACAGCAUCUAGUGCACCAGACCUCCACCCAACAGAUUACAAUCUCAAGCACUAGUCAACCUAUGGCACUACCAAAUUCACAAGCUCAACCAAUAACAUUCCCAAUAAUUUCUCAAAGCAUUCUUCCUCAUUGAAACAAGAAACAAUGAUUGUUAGUGUUUGUAUUUAUUUUCAGGGUUUACCUUUUCUUUUACCUUUUAAGCAAAUGUUACUUAGGUUUGCUUACUGAUACUAGCAAAUUAUUUUUUAGAUUGAUAUCAUUAUGUGCCACAUAUUAACAUUUAUUGCCUUUGUUAUGGCGCAUCCACACAUGCCGCCGGGUUUGCCGCCGGCUUACAGACCGCCUUGCGCGUGUCGGCGGCAUGGCCGGGGGCCUGGCCGCCGGGUUUAGACCGCCGGGCAUGUGUGGAUGCGCCAUUACAAUGUUUAAAAAGAGUCAAUCAAUGUUAUGCAAUUAUUGUGUGGGAAGACUUAUAUAGACUAUUUAAUAUAAAUUUUAAAGAUUGGGCUCCUUGUUAUGUAGUGUUGUGGACUGGCAACGAUUUUUUGCGUCAUGACAUGUUAAUUGUAAUAAUAUUAUUAAUUACUCAAUUCAUGCAGAUAAGCGAAACUGUUCGUGAGCAAAAUAUGUUUGUGGUCACUUGUCUGUUAUAUAAACUGCUAUAUCAGUUGUGAGUCCGCAAACAUGUUAAGGAAUGUCAGUAUUUUUGUGUACCUACAAUUGACCUCAAGUCAAUAUAGUUAUUGUAUACUUCAUUUAAUUGACAUUAAUAUUCAGUCAGUGAUCAAAUAAUUUUAUAUUUUGCUAUGCAUUAAUGCAAAAAAAUGCAUUUAUAUUUAUGUGAAUUAAUUAUAACAUAAAUAUGUAGUUAAAAUUUUCAUGAUACUACUAUUUCUAAAGAUGUGCGAGACUAAUUUAUCCUGGUUACAAUUACACAGUGAAAUGGUAUUUACCUGUGGUAUUUAGUUAUGUAAGUAUUAUUAAUGCUUUGUUCAUCUCAAUGCAUGAUAUUAAUAUACAUCUCUGUACCCAAUGCAGAGAUGAAAUUAUAUUGAUAUUCAUGCAUAUAAGUUAUUUUUAAUAUUAAAUGGAAUGUUCGGAAACACUGAUAUACUAAUCUCUUAUUUUCAAAUUAAAGUAUCAACCAGAAGUUGUACUGGACACCAGGUUGUUAAUUUUACAAUUAUUCUUUUUGUACUUUAUAAGCCUACUGUGAACACCUAAUAUAAAAUCGCCGGUUUUAUCAAAGGCGAUAGCUGUUACUUUUUCAGGAGUAUUUGGCACUAAUUUUAAUGUCUGCAUAAUUUAUGUGAAUGUAAAUCAAAUUUUAGCUUGCAACAAAUACUCUCUCAUCGUUAAAAGAUAUCUGAGCCAUGCCAUUGUAUAAAAUAUUUCCUACACAAGUGGGUUCUCUGAUUUUAACUUUUAGUAUGCACAAUCUAUCUAUCAUCCUUGAUGUAAUAGAAAUUGUUUUUAUCAUCGAUGGUCAUUCCAUUCAGGGCAUCGAGGGCGUCGUAGCGCACUUUGUUCCACCGUCUAGAAGAUAAAAUUCUUCGACCCCGUCGUUAUUUUCAAUUAUGUACUUUUUGCCAUCCUUGUCCAUAAAAAUCAUGGUCAAUUUGAUGUCAACAGUUGUAAGGGGAUUUGCUGUAUGGCUUUUGUAAUCAUAGAUGUAAAUCCCAUUUGUUGUUCCAAAGUAUAUCUUCGUGUUUUUCUUGUCCACAGCGAUAGAAUAGCUGAGGCCUUCUGGUAAACCUGAGAAAAAUUUGUAUAUGAAGUCUAUUCAUCAUCUCUUUCUGCCCACUGCCAAGCAUAAAACUCUCUUCUUCUACGCCAACCUCAAUCCUGUGGUAAUCUAACGCACGUACAACUUGUGACUAGUAAUGUCAUCUUCUUUCCACUAUUCUAGGCAACGAAGUGAUCAUUACUCUUGUCUUAGGCUACCAUAAUUUAUUAAAUAUUCAAAUGCAAUGUACAAUAAGAUUAAAAUGAUAAACUAUCUAAACUAUGUACGCAAAUAUUAAAUGAGUAUUUUUUGAGCAA